UGUCAGCAUCAUACCAGGGUUGUGUGCUUUGCUUGACACCACAACUGUGCAGCGUGGUAGUAAAGACGCAGUGUCCGAGCAGACCAUUGGCCAUCAGUGUCCGACAGGAAUCAGGCGAUUCAAGUUUGUAGUUGUUGUGAGUUUAUUUCUGUAUGUUGGGCCUGUUGUCAUAUAAUUACUCUAGUUGUAGUCUGCAGUCAUUUCUUGCAUGCCUUUGAUUUAUGUGACAAACCGACGAAGAGACUAAAGCAACAUGUCUGCCACUGCCAGGGUAUGAGUGGAGAGAAGUAAAAGAAAAAGAGAGAGAAAGGGAAGGUGAGGAAAUGCCACUUUGUCUGUAUGAGUAUCUGAGGGCUGUCGGGUUACAGAGUCACUAUGCCAGGUUUACCUCGGGGGGUGUUUAUCGUGCAGCCCACCUUUCGGUGCUGACUAUGGAGGACUAUCCCAUUCUGGGAAUCCGUUCUAUGGAGGACAGGACUCGGCUCUUCCAUCUGGUCCAAAUGGUCAAAGCUCUUGACCUUGAAUAUGAAGAUGACGAUACAGAUUACGAUGCUGAUGGUGGUGAUGGUGAUGAAGGCUACCCUGGAGCAGAGAGUAGCUUUUAUGGUUGUGUGGAUCCCGAUGACGAUGUAUGUGAUGAUGACAAUGAGAAGGCUGCUGCUGUGAGUAAGCGAAAUGCAACACGUUUUUCUACACCGUCACACAUUUGCAGGCGGCUUGAUUGCAAUUGUGAAACCAUGGAUCAUCAUCUAAAGCUAUUUUCUUGUCUAGAAGAUACUGUUCAUGUAUGCGCAAGUCAUUAUAAAAAUAAUGUACCAGAUCAGGGCAAAGGAUCAGCCAUACCUGUGCAGCUGGACACCGUAAGUGGCUGCAAAGACAAAAACAACCACAGGCCGGAUUUCCAUAGUAGGUUUAGCAACAAACUGGUUGGGCACAAAGUUAGAAAAGGAAUUUCUAGGAAGGAAAAACUCUAUUGCAAAAUAAACAGUAACAUGGCUACUGAGCACACGGCUAAGCCAACACCUGUUUAUGAAUCGAAGAGAACAGCUGGCUACAACUAUGGACUACCACUGAGUUCCCCUCCUGCUCCAAACAAAAAGUAA